AUGACUGACAGAGUUCAUCCUUCAGCCAAAUCCAAUGGCACUGCCACCAAUCCCACUGCUACCGCAGCAAAACCUCCUCAAUUCCCUCCGAUCAAAAACCAAAUGUACAACCCAAAUCGCAUUCCGUACAGACCAACUCCAACCGCCUACCACCGACACAACCGUCGCCGCUGCAGCUGCCGCCGCUGCUUCUGCCUUAGUUGCUUCUGGUCACUCCUCAUCAUCUGCACCCUCCUCCUCCUCGCUGCCAUCGCCGGCGCCGCCUUCUACUUCCUCUUCCGCCCUAAACCUCCAACAUUCUCCGUCUCCUCCCUCAAAAUUACGCAAUUCAAACUCAUAACCAGCUCCGACGACGCCACGCGCCUCAGUACAAAACUCAACCUCACGCUCUCCGCGAAAAACACUAAUAAGAAGCUCAUUUACAACUACGACGAUAUUUCCAUGACUCUACAGUCAAAUAACGUCGUAAUUGCGAACGGAUCAUUCCACGGAUUUAGUAAUGGUCCGAAUAAUGUUACUAUUAUUCACUCGACUUUGUCAAUGGCAUCUGAAGUCCUCGAUGCGGAUUCUGUUACGUCUUUGAAAUCAGAUCUGAAGAGAAAACGUGGAUUACCGUUGAAGAUAUAUUUGGAUACAACGGUGGUAGCGAAAAUGGAUAAGUUGAAAAGCAAAAAAGUUGGAAUCAGAGUUACUUGUGAAGGCAUUCAUGGACUAAUUCCAAAGGCAAAAGCUCCGGCGGUGGCUUCAAUUACGAAUGCUAAAUGUAAAGCUGAUCUGAGAAUGAAGAUCUUCAAAUGGUACUUUUGA